AUGUUGAGUCCUGAAUAAAUUUAUUCCAUUGUUUAUAAAACAGAUUCUGGAAUUGAAGGUUAUGCUAUCCCUAGAUUUUACCACGACCCAGCUGAAAUGAUGAGAAAUCGAGAUUUGCUAAAACAGAUAGAAAAAAGUAAGUUUCAUUAUGAUUAUGCUUUUAGAAUAAGCACACAAGAAACAUGAAACUAAAAGAGGCAGCUAUUUAGAUGAUUAUACAAAAAUGUACAAAAGUUAUCCAAGUCCUUUAUAAUAUUAAUCAUACUCUAUUCAAAAGAUCCCAGAGAAGAAGGUGAAAUAUCCCAAUCGAUUGACUUUAUUUGAAUAAUUAUAAAAGGAAUAAAAAAGAGCGAAUAAUCCUCCUGUCGGAACUUAUAAUAUCGAAAAAACAUAGGAGCAAAUAGAAAAAGAACUCAAAGUCCUAAAAACCAGAAAAGUCAAAGAACUGUAAAGACCUGAUCCAUAUGAGGAUGCUAUGGCUCACAGCAUUAUGGUUCCUGGUCCUGGAAAUUACAAUCCACAUGUGAGAUAUUCAACAAUUAUAAAAGUCAUUCUUACCAAAAAUCAAAGUAAAUAAUACAAAACCUGAGGAUUGGAGAAAGAAGCAUAACACUGAGAAAAAUAAGAGUCUACCUCAACUCCCUCCUGUUGGUACUUACACGCCUAUUGUAAGCGACUCAUUUGCAAAGAUUCAAACAUCUGCUCCUGCUAAACGCGCCUAUUGGGGAGGUGAAAAACGAUUUAGAGGACUGUUUGGAAGUUCAUCUAUAGGUCCGGGUCCUGGGACUUAUGCAUAACUAAGCAAAUUAUUAGUAAAAGGAGUUGAAAAGUCAAUUUACCAAGAUUGA